CGUGACCUACGUUCGCUUUCUCUCUGCGGCGCACCGACCGAAUGCGUGAUUGGCGAAAUUCGGCGAUCGACUCGCAGCUCCCGGGGAAUCGCGGCGCCGCGGUUCGGCAGCUGGCGGCGCCAUGAACGCGAGCGUGUGCUACAAAUGCAACCGGCCGGGACACUUCGCCCGCGAGUGUCCCAACAACCGCGCGCCCAUGGGCGCCAGGGGCCGAGCAGCUGGAGGCAAGGAAAAGUGUUACAAAUGCAAUCGCUUCGGCCACUUUGCCCGAGACUGCAAGGAGGACGAGGACAGGUGUUAUCGCUGCAACGGGGUCGGACACAUUGCCAAGGAAUGCCAGCAGAGUCCUGACGAACCUUCGUGCUACAACUGCAACAAGAUGGGUCACAUCGCUCGAGAAUGUCCGGACGUCCGGAAGACCUGCUACGUCUGCGGACAGGGUGGACACAUCAGCCGAGAGUGCGAGCAGGACGACAGGAAGUGCUAUGCUUGUGGAAAAAUCGGACACAUUUCCGUAGACUGCCCAAAUGGAGAGCAAGAGGAGAAAAAGUGCUACCUCUGCAGCAGCCUUGGCCACAUCUCCAAAGACUGUCCCAGCACCGAAGGCGUUGAAGAGGACAUUGUCUGCUUUAGGUGUAAUGGUCGAGGCCACAUUGCCCGGAAUUGCUCUGGCGGGACUCGCAUGAAAUGCUACAACUGUGGCGAGAUGGGCCACUACGCCAGGGACUGUGUCCAGCAAGUGGUCGCCUGAGAAAAUUGUGAUUUCGAGGUUGACGAGAGCAGAAAGUAAUUUCACUAAAUUGCUGUAAAUCAUUUUUAUUCACUCACACAUACAUGACAUACAAUUAUUUUUAAUGAGUAUACUGUUAAGUCUAGUCUCUGUUAUAUCGUUUGUUGCGAAAAUUGUUGUUGUGGGAUUUGCGGUGGAAUAUAUAGAUAUAUUUACACCCGACGAGUACAAAGUACUUAACAAAAAACAACAUCGGAGAGAAAUGAAGUUGGAGCUAAAUCUUGAA